AUGCUCCUCCUUCUUGCGCUACUACUAGUAGCCCCCGGCACCUUCGCCGACAGCUUUUCCAACUUGGGCUGUUUCCGCCAAUCAGACCUACUGUCCUACUUGUCCAAGGAGGACUCAUACAUGUACCAGUCCCUGGGCCAUUGCCAACAGGCUUGUGAGGGCAAGGCCGUGGCCGCGUUGAUCGACGGCAAGUCGUGCUACUGCGGUCUGGCCAUCCCGGCCGACAGUCUCCUGGUUUCCAGCUCAAGCUGUGACUCCCCCUGCCAGGGCUACGACAAGGAGAACUGUGGUGGUGACGGCUACUUCGAUGUCUACGUCAAUGCCGAGGCCGACGCCACCACUUUUGGCGCUUCGUCCUCCUCCUCGUCCUCGUCUUCGUCCUCAUCAUCCUCAUCAACAUCGUCAUCCUCCACGACAUCUUCCUCCUCCAGCUCCUCCAGCUCCUCGGAAACAUCAUCUUCGACUUCGUCCUUCUCAUCUUCGUCUGCGGCCGCCUCCUCGACUUCGGAUUCGUCGUCGUCCCUGCAUUCAUCCUCCUCGUCGUCAGAUGACGCCAGAACAAGCACAUUUGUUUCUACAGCUACAGCAAGCGCCAGCGGCGGCGGAUCUUCCGUCGUCGAAAUAACCACAACCGUGCGGUCGUCUCCCUCUGAAUCCUCAGCUUCCCUGUCGGGCACGGCACUGCCAGAGCACAGACAGGCUGAAUCAGGCGGAAAUUCUUUGUCUGGCGGCAGCAUUGCAGGUAUUGUCAUCGGAUGUGUUGCGGGUGUAGCAAUCAUUGCUGGAUUAUUCCUAUUCUUCUGCUGGUGGAGGCGCAGAGACAACGACGACGAUGAUGACGAGCAAUUCUUCGACAUGGGCGGUGCCAACGACAAAUCGUUCAACCUGAUGGCACCUAACCCAUUUAUGGCCGGCGCUGCUCCAGCUGCCCAGGGCACACACACGCAUAAUAACUCCAACACCACCAAGUCGUAUUCGUCCAAUAACGAGGAGGCGUUCUACUACGAGGCUCGACACAAUGAAGAUCCGGAAGGUCCGAACAAUGACUUCUUACGGCCGCCCGAGGAGUUUGGCCGCCGACGGCUUUCAAAUGGGUCGUUGCCCGACAUGGUGCAACGCAACCCUGGCUCCUUGAAGGUUGUCAACACAUAA